AUGGUGACUUGUCCAAGAUCACAAAGAAAAGCCAGUCCCAUAAUACCUGAAAACCAAACAAAAUUCACAGAAUUUAUACUCCUGCUAUUUUCUGAGAAACCAGAACAGCAGGAGUCUCUCUUUGGGCUGUUUUUGGCCAUUUACUUGGUCACAGUGGUUGGAAACUUGUUCAUAAUGUUGACCAUUGGCUCUGACUCUCAACUCCACACUCCAAUGUACUUUUUCCUUUCUAACUUAUCCUUUGUAGAUCUCUGCUUGGUAUCUACCACAGUCCCCAAUAUGUUGGUGAGCAUCUUAAGAGAAAACAAGGCUAUCCCCUAUACUGACUGUCUUACCCAGAUGUACUUCUUUAUGGUUUUUGUUUCUUUGGAUAAUUUCCUCCUCACUGCAAUGGCCUAUGACCGUUUUGUGGCUAUCUGUCAUCCUCUACGCUAUACAGCCAUCAUGAACCCUAGACUGUGUGGCCUGCUGGUGCUGCUUUCCUGGCUCUCUGUUGUUUCCUUGUUCUAUGGUACAGCAUUCGGAGUGUAUUGGAGCUCCUCAGUUACCCACUCUUCCUGGAAGAGGACAGUUGCCUCAGCAAUGUAUUCUGUGGUCACACCCACAUUGAACCCUUUCAUUUAUACACUAAGGAAUAAAGACAUAAAAGAUGCCCUCAGGAAAGACCAGAUACGGGCUAUUGCAGACCAGGAGGAAGUCUAUGCCUCCAGAGAUAUUGGCCCAAGUUCCUAG